UUUGAGAAGGACAGCUCAUUUGACUUUCCGAUAAGGCCGCGAACCCUCACCAUUAUUCCCCCAAAUUUGAUUAGAUUAAUUCUCAACAACAACAACAAUUCUCUCUCUCUCGAUUGAUUUGAUUUGUGAAAGCAGCAGCAGCAGCAGCAGCAGCCAAAAAAAGAAAGAUGGUGGAUGAUCAAUUCAAUGGAGGAACUUGAUCGAAUUACAGAGAAGAAGAGAUCGGGGAAGAAGAUGGGGAUUCCUUUCGCCGCCAGGCUCCGUUUCCGGUCUCGGUUUCGAUCAUCAAUCGACUCCUACUGCUUCGCUCGUGAGGCCUUCUCUGAUCAUCGUCCUCUCGAUUGCUUCUUCUUAUAGCACCCUUCUCCUUCUUCUUCUCCCUCAAUCAAUCAAUAAUCUCAUAUCUUUCCUCUUUCUCCUUCUUUCUUUUUCUUUGUGUGAAAAAAUAAAAAUAAAUAAAAUAUAAAAACGGCUUUUGAUUCUGGAAUAUUGGGUAUGGAAGAAGAAGCUGAUUUCGCUGACAAAGAUCCUUCUGGCCGCUACAUUAGGUAUGAUGAUAUCCUGGGGAGAGGCGCUUUCAAGACUGUGUAUGUUUUUUUAAUCCACACCCUUUUAUGCCUUGUCGUGUUGCAGAAACAGAUUGUUGUGUUUUAUUUAUUUAUUUAUUUUUUGGUUCCAAUUAAUAAAAUCAGAUACAAGGCGUUUGAUGAAGUAGAUGGAAUCGAAGUUGCAUGGAACCUAGUGAGCAUAGAAGAUGUUAUGCAGAUGCCUGGUCAGCUCGAAAGGCUCUAUUCUGAGGUUCAUCUCCUUAAAGCCCUUAAACAUGAUAACAUCAUCAAACUCUUUCACUCUUGGGUCGACGAGAACACCAAGACUAUUAACAUGAUCACCGAGCUUUUCACCUCUGGUAGUCUCAGGCUGUACCGUCAGAAGCAUAGGAAGGUUGAUCCCAAGGCUAUCAAGAACUGGGCCAGGCAGAUUCUUAAAGGUUUGAACUAUUUGCAUUCUCAGUCCCCUCCUGUUAUUCACCGGGAUCUUAAGUGCGACAAUAUAUUCGUCAAUGGGAAUACUGGUGAGAUCAAAAUUGGUGAUCUCGGCCUUGCAACUGUCCUCCAGCAACCCACUGCUCGUAGCGUCAUUGGUACUCCCGAGUUCAUGGCACCUGAGCUGUAUGAAGAGGAAUACGAUGAGCUUGUCGACAUCUACUCUUUUGGCAUGUGUAUGUUGGAGAUGGUUACCUGUGAGUACCCCUACAACGAGUGCAGAAACCAGGCUCAGAUUUACAAGAAGGUCACCUCGGGUAUAAAGCCUCAAUCUCUCAGCAGAGUUGAGGAUCCUCAAGUUAGGCAAUUCAUAGACAAGUGUCUUCUUCCUGCCUCUUCUAGACCAACUGCUCUCCAGCUCUCCAUGGACCCCUUCCUUUCCAGAGAUGGAAGCAAGGACUCUUCUCCUCUUCUUGCUUCAACAAGCAGUGCAUCUAAUCCUGUCAGACCACCACCACAGCUUGAAAAUCUUCCCAUGGAUGUGGAUCAUCAUAACGAGGAUAAAAGUGUCUCCAUCUGCUCCUCUCGAAAGAGCAACAACGAAGAAUCGUACCCCUGGUGCCAAACCAUUGAACUUCAGAGGUUUGCAGAGAAUAAAGAGUUCAGGUUGAGAGGAGAAAGGAGCGAUGACGUCACUGCGUCAAUGCUUCUGCGUAUCGGUGAUUCAUCUGGCAAAGGAAGAAUCGUACACUUUGCAUUCUAUCUGAAUUCAGACACAGCAACAGCAAUCGCUGAGGAAAUGGUUGAGGAGCUGCAUCUAACAAGCCAAGAGGUUGUAGUGAUAGCUGAUAUGAUCGAUGACUUGAUAAUGCAGCUUCACUCUGAGCGGACCUCAUCGCAUCCAAAUCAAACCUCUCAGGAUCUAGCCGUCCGUGAGGACCAUGAAGCAGCAAAUCAGCUAACUGUGAACUCCAAAGAUGAAGAAUCAAUGAAGUCUGGCAUAUCAACAGACUAUUACUUGCCUUUCUCCUCAAACGGAAGUGCUGCCAGGGAAGCUGGCCAGGAUGCAGAGUCGAUGAGCUCGUUUCUUGAUUCUUGCUCAAUGAUGUCAACCCUUUACAUUUCAGACAACGAGUACCCAGAAGAUCUCAAGACAGAACUGAACAUGAUCGAGUCACAGUUUAACCAGUCCGUCCAAGAUCUGAUGAAACUAAAGGAAGAUGCUAUAGAGAACGCAAAGAGAAAAUGGAUUAUGAAAAAGCAAUCAAAACCCUGAUUUUGGUACUUAUUCUUGGGGCCAUGAUUGGUGUAAUGAUAUACUUCAAUUGGUGUUAUAUUUUGAUUUGAUGUAUUUUGUACUUAGCAAACAUGGAAUAGUGUUAUUCGACUUCUAUUAUUUCUGUACUUAACAAACAUUGAAUAGUGUUAUUCGACUUCUAUUA